UGGACUAGUCCAGUAGAGUGAACAUGGCGGACAACGUGGCAGAGGAGAGCGCGAGUCUGCCGGCUCUAGCCGUGACCGCUGCCGUGGGCGCCGUGGUGCUGCUGCUGGUACUGCUGUGCGGGGUAGGGCAGGGCAAGGGACAGCAGGAAGGCGAGAAAACAGAAGAGAAAAGCAGCAAAGUGAAGAAACAGCCCAGAAAAGCCAAGCCCAAGCCGGCUCUGAAACAGCGAGCGGGAGCCCACACCUUCUCACACACACUACUGGCCACCUCACUCAAGGGACACAGUGGCAGGGUCAUGGGACUGGACUUCAGCACUAAUGCCAAGUACCUGGCAACAUGUGCAGAAGACAGGACUGUACGGAUCUGGAGUCUUAAAGACUGGAAAGACAAAGAGCACAAGAGUGUCCAAGUGAAUGUGGAGUUGGAUCAUGCCACUUCUGUCAAGUUCAGUCCUGAUAACAGGGCCUUCAUUGUUGCACUUUACAAUGGGAACACCAUCAGAGUCUUCCGUAUCGGCAGAAAGGACGAAGGAACAGGCAUUCAUGUGUCAGCACUGGAACAGGACUUUCCACAGAAAAGUAUCAAGGACAUUGUUGGGCUGGGGAUCUCCUCUAAUGGGAAGUUCAUGAUGACUGCAUUCGCUGAUACAAGCAUCUACGUCUGGAACACCAAACCUGGAGGUAAGUUUCUGGCCACCAUUGACACCCAUCAGUUGGAGAACUACCACGCAGCUGUCUCACCCUGUGGCAGGUUCAUCGGCUGCUCAGGUUUCACUCCAGAUGUGAAGGUCUGGGAAGUAAGCUUUACAAAAGGAGGGGAGUUUAAGGAAGUCUCCAGGGCGUUUGAGUUGAAAGGACAUUCAUCGGGGGUGUACUCUUUUGACUUCAACGUGGACUCCACCCGCAUGGUGUCUGUGUCCAAGGACGGGACAUGGAGACUCUGGGACACCAACAUUGAGUACCAGAAGGGCCAGGAGGCCAGUUUGCUGAGUAAGGGAGAACUCCACAGCCCAGCACAGUGUAUGGUGGCCAUGGCUCCCAACGGGUCAUCCUUCGCUAUAGCUCAGGGUUAUGACAUCAGCCUGUACUCUACAGAAACUGGGCAGGAGGAGGAGAAAUUCACAGACGUUCACGCAGAACCAGUGACAGCUGUGGCCUUUGACCUGGGCAGUAAGUUCCUGGUGUCUGCAGGUGACAAACACGUGCGAGUUCUCCACAACACAGUCGGGUACCACGCCCUGCUGCACGACCUACAACACAAACUCAAGACUACCCAGAGUACUGCUUACAAGGAGAGACUAAAGGAACAAAUAAAGGAGACAGAGUGA